AUGCAAGUAGCUAAUCGAACAUCACGCCGUUAUGUAACACCAUCUAUGAAAACUCAAACGGGAAAUAUUCGUCCGACAAGCAAAAAACGUUCUAAUAUUCCAUCAGUAUCACAAUCUUCACCAAAGAAAGUUCUUGAUACAUCAACAUCAAAAUCAAAAGAACCACCAACAUUAAAGAAACUUGUUGAUCGUUUUCGUUAUGAUGAACCUCAACCUCGACCAGAACGAGAUUCAACUAAUUCUGAUUUUUGGUGGCUACAUGAUGAACUAAAAAAUAAUUAUUGUUCGAAUACUAAUGAAAAUGAUGAACGUAAAUCAAAUAUUCCAGAAUUCAUUGAAAUAUUUCCUUCGACAGAUAUUGAUCAAGAUUUAAAUAAACGAGCAUCUUUACUUCUUAAUCAAACGUUUAGUGCACAUUCAUCUGAUGUAGAUCGUGUAUCAAGUACAGGUGUUGGUUCGACUCCAUCAUCAACAUUGACCAAAACAACAGCAAGUACUUUUCAACCUAUUGUUCAUGAACAACCAGCUCGACCAAUAUUUACUCGAAUUACCGAUUCAAAGUUUAAUUUUAUAAAUGAUGGUGGUGAAGAUGAUAUUUUAUAUCAAUGGCGUUUACGCAGACGAUUAGAACAAGCACAAAAUGGCGAACCCAUAACAUUUCCAUCAAAAAUAACCAAUCGAACUCAUAUAUCUCCAACACGUUCAUUUUUACCUACAACACCUAUUGAAAUACCGACAGUACUUCCAGCACGUCCACGUUCUCCUCCAGUAAUUAAACAAUCACCAUCUAAACACGAAACACAACAAUCAUCAACAACAAAUAUCGAAACAGAACAUAUAAAACAAACUGUUACAAAUCCAGUACCUGUCCGACAAUAUUCAGAAGCAUCUACACAAACAUUACAAGAUGCUUGUAUUCAAACAUCGUUGACCGUUGACAAUCAUCUUUUUUCUUCAAGUUUCGUUCCAAGUGAAGUUGAUCUUCAUCCGACACGUGAUAAUGAUCAUCAUUCAUCAAUGUGGCAUCGUCCACCACCAAGAUCAAAAUGUGAAAUAACACGAACAUCAUCAUCACCAUCACCUAUUAAACGUCAUCAUCAUCAUCAUCAUUCAUUUCGCCCUGUUGUUACUGAACAUCCAACAACAAAUAACAUUUCUCAUCAUCAAAGGUCAAUUAUAAAUCCUUCAAAUACGGUUCAAUCUUCACAAGAGAGUACAUUAACACAAGUUACAUCGAUCAUGAUUAAUGAUAAUAAUAAUACGAAUAAUCAUUGUCAGAUUAAAAAUAAUACACAUAUUACUCUAAUCGAUCAAUAUCAUGAACAACAACAAAAUAAUGAUGAUGAUCAUAUAAAUUAUUCGAAUGAUGAAAUAUUGAAUAUAUUAGUACAAAAACGAGACGAAUUACUAAUAGCAUUUCGAGAAAUUGAACAACCUGAUGCAUGGGUACGAGUACGAAAUAAAGGUGGUUAUGUAGCUCGAUUUUACGUUGACUAUCAUAUACCUAAUACACCAAGAAAAAAUUUUGUUUCUGGUCUCUAUAUGCCUGUCAAAUUAUUUGAACAAACAUUAUCAUCUGGAAAUUAUCCAGUAGGUCAAACAAGAGUUCUUGGUGCACCACGCAGUGCACUUACUGCUCGUGUUCGUGUUGAACGUUUUAUAUUUUAUCCAUUUUUUGGUUGGUAUUGGAAAGAAAUAUUUCGUCAAGAAGUUCAUCCUCAAGGUAAAAAUUGCUAUGAUAUUUGGGGUACAACUGUUCAACCAUAUUGGACAAGUGUUAAUUGUUAA